GGACGUCAGCAUGAGCCAGCUGCAGGUUUACAUCCUAAUUUCUGCCUUUCCUUGGGAUCCAAUUCCGAAGCAUUUGAGGUAAGCAGGCAGUGCAUGUAUCCUGGAAAAUGAAAACCUUGGACAAAAACAAGGGCAGAUUCUUCAAUGCAGUGGCUGCAAAGGCAAACAAGACAAUACAAUGUAUCAUCCUUCUAAAUUUAAAUUGGAUUAAUGUCCAAAUGAAGAAGACUUUAUAGAAACUAUGAACAUGCUUUUGAUCUCCAGUAUGACAAAUGCUCUUUUGGCUGGAAUUCCUAAUCGAAAACAACUCACCUCAUUCUGGAUUAUGCUUUAAAGCAGCCCUUUAAAGCAACGACUGAACAUGCUGCUUGCUCAUGACAUGGAUGACAGUGCUGCUCCUUUUCUUACUCCAACAUCUGGGCUGCUUCCACAGAGCCACCAGGCAGAAACAUCUAAACUUAUGCCAAACAAUGCAAUGAGGGAAACUGCACUUGAGAAAAACACAACAGCCUCACGGUAUGAGUUGAUGCCAGGAGAAAUCAUAGCAGCCGGCCUGCUUCUGGGAGCUUUAUGGUUAUUCUCUGUCUUUGGAAACUCUCUCGUUUGCCUGGUAAUCCACAGGAGCAGAAGAACUCAGUCUACAACCAAUUACUUUGUGGUCUCCAUGGCCUGUGCAGAUUUACUCAUUAGUAUAGGAAGUAUGCCAUUUGUGCUUCUUCAGUUAGCUUCUGAUGGGUGGAUGCUCGGGAGCACGAUGUGCAAAUUAGUAAGAUAUUUUCAGUAUCUCACACCUGGUGUACAGAUGUACGUAUUGCUCUCCAUCUGUGUGGAUAGAUUCUAUACUAUUGUCUACCCACUGAGUUUCAAAGUAUCUCGGGAGAAAGCCAAGAAAAUGAUUGCAGCAUCUUGGAUCUUUAAUGCUGCACUGGUAUCUCCUGCUUUCUUUUUCUUUGGGUCAGGCUGGGACAAUCACUGCAGCUUUUUCCCACCACAUUCUUGGGAUGGGGCUAUUUAUAGCAUUAUCCAUUUAUUACUGGCUUUUUUUAUUCCAUCUGUUCUCAUCAUUCUCUUUUACCAAAAGGUAAUCAAAUAUAUUUGGAGGAUAGGCACAGAUGGUAGAACAGUCCGGAGGACAAUGAACAUUGUUCCAAGGACAAAGGUGAAAACCAUCAAGAUGUUUCUCAUGUUAAAUUUGUUUUUCCUGCUCUCAUGGCUUCCGUUUUAUGUGGUUCAACUUUGGCAUCCAUCUGAGACAGACUACCGAAAAGGUUCCCUGGUUUUUAUGUCAGUAACAUGGAUAUCCUUUAGUUCUGCAGCCUCAAAGCCUAGCUUGUACUCUGUGUAUAAUGCCAAUUUCAGGAGAGGGAUGAAGGAGACCUUCUGCAUGUCCUCCAUGAAAUGCUACCGAAGCAAUGCAUAUACCAUCACUACAAGUUCAAAGAUAGCCAAAAAAAAUUAUGUUGGGAUCUCAGAAAUACCUGUGCCAGCCAAAACUGUUUCCAAAGGCACCAUAUAUGAUUCAUUUGACAGAGAAGCAAAAGAGAAGAAGUUGGCCUGGCCCAUUAAUCCAAACCCAUCAAAUACAUUUGUCUAAUUCUAGAAAAAUAUUUUUCUCAGUCAGAUCAAAGGAUCCAACUCUCUGAAUGGUUUUGAUUUAUGUGGAAGGGGGUUUCCA